CAUGGGAUCCUGCAGCUAUGCCUCAUACCAGCAUAUAGAAAACCAUACUUUUACCAUUUCUUUUUUCACAUUCAUUUUCAAACAGGUAGAUAUGGCUGAGAAAACAACACCCUCUCAAAGACCCACAAAUCAAAAUCAAAUACACACAACAUAUAAUUAAUAAUAAAGAAAUUAAAACCAGAAACAACAACUAUUGAACUCCCUCUAUAAGAGCCUUCCUUUAUACUGCAACAAAAGAGUUCCUUGUUGUCCACGGAUCUUUCCUCAGCAAACUCCUCUAUUUAAGCUCUAUAUUCUGCCUUUGCUCUACUUUCUUAACUGUUCUCUCUUUUCAUUCUCCUCCUCAUAGCUGCUUGCUAUUUUUCUUUUCUUUCUUUCUUGAAUUUGCUUCUUUUGUGCUUAUAUUUUUAGGUUCUUGUAGAGGAUUUUAAGUUUGGUGUUGUGAUAUUAAUGGAAGUUGCUGUUGUGGUCAACAAAGGAGAAGAUCUUAUCGAUCUGCCUCCUGGUUUUCGGUUCCAUCCCACAGAUGAAGAGAUCAUAACUCAUUAUCUCACAGAGAAGGUGAUUAAUAGCGGUUUCAGUGCAUGUGCUAUUGGUGAAGUUGAUCUCAAUAAGUGCGAACCAUGGGAUUUGCCCAAGAAAGCAAAGAUGGGAGAAAAGGAAUGGUACUUCUUUUGCCAGAGAGAUAGGAAGUACCCAACUGGUAUGAGAACAAACCGAGCCACGGAGGCCGGCUAUUGGAAGGCCACCGGAAAAGAUAGGGAGAUAUACAAGGGGAAAAAUUGCCUUGUUGGGAUGAAGAAGACCCUUGUUUUCUACAGAGGGAGAGCACCUAAAGGGGAGAAAACCAAUUGGGUCAUGCAUGAAUAUAGACUUGAAGGCAAAUUCUCUUACUACAACCUUCCUAAAGCUUCAAAGGAUGAAUGGGUUGUCUGCAGGGUUUUCCACAAGAGCACAGGGAUAAAGAGAACUUCAAUUCAGGACCUCUUAAGGGUGAACUCCUUUGGGGAUGAUUUCUUGGAUUAUUCAUCACUCCCACCUCUCAUGGAUCCUCCUCAAUCUAGCAGGCCUGGCUCCAGCACCUUCAACGAUGAAGACGAUGAAUUCAAAGCAAUGACAUCAAGAUCAUUAGAUGGAAAUUACUUGCCCCACUUGUCCACAUCCAUGGUUAACAAUAAUCAAAACUAUCUUCAUCACCAGCUUCAAAAUUCCAGCUACCAAACACCAAAUUCCAUUUUCUACCCUCAAAUUCCAGCCUCAAAUCCUCUUUUCAAUUUCCAAACAACCCCAAAUAUGUCUGGAUACUUCCCAAACUAUAGCUUUGGUACUAAUGACCAGACCCUUUUAAGAGCAGUGACUGCCAAUAUUGAAACAUCUGGGCAGGAGAAACACUGCAAGGUUGAACAAUUUUCAUCUAAUCAAUCUGUGGCCACCGUCUCACAGGACACUGGACUGAGCACUGACAUGAACACCACCACCGAGAUAUCAUCAGUGGUGUCGAAGCAAGACUUCGGAAACAACAAGGUGUACGAUGAUCUUGAAGGUCCAUCAUCAGUUGGGCCCAUUGCAUACUUCGAUGGCAUGUGGGAUUAAUAAAGAUGGAUGGAAUAUAUACUGAGUACUGCCUGUUCUAUAAAAUUCUUAGGGAAUAUAUGUGAUGAUUUGAAACAAUCUUCUUCUCUCCACUAGGUAAUUUGAUGAUAGUUUUAAAAGUUCUUGGCUUCAUAAAUGAAUAUUCUUGUAUAGAAUAUAGGUUAAAUUCAUGAUGUUCAAACCUUUUCAGUUUUCAAUUUUAGUGACAAAUACAGAAGGAAGGAUACCAUGAAUAUAUAUAAUUCAUGUACGUUUAUUCUUUUA